GCUUAGAUGAGGGCGGGGCCCAGCCCCACCCCACCCUCUUUAAUCUUCAACUUAUGAAACGGCCGGUGGUUCCGCCAGAAAGACGAAUCUAAGCUUUUUGCCCUGUUCAGCCGCCGUAGACGGAGAAUUUGUAGAGAAAACGGUUACCCGGCAACGAGAAGAAACAACCGGAACCAUCGGCACCGGCAGCCGGAGAAAGGAGAGGCAGUUCCUUCCAAAGAGAUGUCGAUUCCAUUCUCCAAUACGCACUACCGAAUUCCACAAGGAUUUGGGAAUCUUCUCGAAGGGCUGACACGGGAGAUUCUGAGGGAGCAGCCGGACAAUAUUCCAGCUUUUGCAGCAGCAUAUUUUGAAAACCUACUAGAAAAGAGAGAGAAAACCAGUUUUGAUCCAGCAGAAUGGGGAGCUAAGGUAGAUGACCGCUUCUACAACAACCAUGCUUUCAAGGUACAGCCCACUGGUGCUACUGAACCUAAGGAGGUACCACCAGAAAAAAGUGCACCUGAAAAAGAAACAUCUCAGGAAUCAGUAAAAUUUGAGCAGGAGACACAGGUAUCAUUUGCGACUGCAGAGUAUAAGAACAUUCGUGGUGGCUGCAGCGCUGGGAGCCCUGAUCAUAAGAAGAAAGGAGUACUGCAGGGGAAGAGAGUGUGAGAUGGCUUAUAAUUCAGGGCAUGAGCCAGAAGACCAAUGAUCACACCUGACCUUGGAUUAUAGUAUGCUGGAAAAAUAAAAAUAACAAAGAUCCUCAGAUCUCUGAAUACAAUAACAGAAAAAAAAAACUAAAGCCUAAGGCAUUAUUCCCCCAGGAGCAGAACCCAACUUUAUCACAAAGUUAAUAGCCAAGAAAUAGACCAUUAAAAAUGAGUAAAUAAUGGAGAAAGAAUCUGAUCAAAGAUGUUACAUAUGAAAGACAAAAUUAGGAUUCAAACUCAGAAGACAACUUAAUCAAAAGAAUUCUUUAUUUAUAAAACUUCAGAGAAAAAUAUUAAUUGGGCACAAGCCUUAAAAGAGUUGUUGAAGCACACUUACAAAGGACUUUAAAAUCAAGUAAAAGAAAUAGAGGUAAUAAGUAAUGCAAGAAAAUUAUAAAAAGUCAACUAAUUGGAAAAAAAAGAUCCAAAAAACUUAUUAUAGAAAGUAAUUCCUUAAAAAUUAGAAUUGGACCAGGGGAAGCUAAUGACUUCAUAAGACAUUAGGAAAUAAUAAAACAAAAUCAAAAGAAUGAAAAAAAUAGAAGAAAAUGUAAAAUAUUUCAUAGGAAAAAAUAACUGAUCUGAAAAACAGAUCAAAGAAAGAUUAUUAUAUUGGACUACCUGAAAGCAAUGAUCAAAAAAGAAUCUUAAUACAGAAAAGAAAUAAAGGUUAAAAUAGAAAAUAAAAAAUAUAUAUAUACUCAUCACUGAAAAAAAUUCAAAAAUGAAAACUCACAGAAACAUUACAUAGCUAAAUUUCUUUUUAUUUUAAUUAAGGGAGAUCCAUCAGGGUUAAGUGACUUGCCCACAGGGUCACAUAGCUAAUAAGUGUCAAUUAUCUGUGACCAGAUUUGAAGUUGGGUCCUCCUGGCUCCAGGGCCAUUGGUCUAGUCAAGUUUCAAAGCUCCCAAGUCAAGGAGAAAAUAUCACAAGCAACCAAAAAGAAACAAUUCAAAUAUUGUGGAACUAAUGUCAGGAAUAGACAAGAUUUAGCAGCUUCUAUACCAUUUUGGGCAAUAUCCACUCUGUGACAAUGAUUUGAUUCUAGUAUAGUUUACUGAUUGAGUUCUCCAGGAUGUCUUGAGGUUUCUAUUUAUAGUAGGAAUAUUUAUUACCCACCAGUUUAAAAAUGAUAGUGAAAGACUGGAGAGCAUGGAAUAUGAUAUUACAAAGACUAAAUGAGCUGAAUUUGCCAUCAAGAAUAACCUAUUCAACAAAAUAAUGUAAAUCCCGCAAAGGAAAAAAUGAUAUUUAAUAAAUUAAAAAACUUGAUUUACAAAUAUAAGAAUCAAGAGAAAUAUAGGAAGGUAAACAUGAGAAAUUGUAAGGGAUUUGAUAACAUUAAAGUAUUAUAUGGGAAGAUGAUAUUUGUAACUCUUAAGAAUAUUAUCUGUUUGUGGUAGGUCAAAGAUGAAAUGAUUACGGAAACAAAGGUUUUGAUAUUCUGAGCAUAUUGAAUUAAGCAAUGCAUGUCAGUUUUUCCUGAAUACAGGAAGCAACAGACUUUUCUACAUUAGAAACAAUCAAAUAAGACCAAUUUAAAGGAAAUAAUACAACAUUAGGUCAUCUGAUUUCUAAUUCAUUGAAAGAUUAGGAACUUUCCAAGUUGAGAACAGGGGAGGUGCAGUUCCCUGAGGUCAGGAAAAGAAAUGUUGUCCUCUUCCCCAUUUUAUCUAAACACUUAAAGGAACAUGGAAACAAUAACUGAUUAAUUGCUGUGGAGCCUGUUUUCAGAUAAGACAUAGGUAUUGCUAGAGAUUUGCAAUUGUGAGAAAACUCCUUGCACUUUAAUCUUUGGAUCUAACUGGGUUUCUGAUUAAAUAAUCUAGGUCCUUGGUUAAGAAUAUCUAUGCAUCAGUUUCCCUGUCCAGUGGGCUAGAUUCUAAACUACUACUGUACAAUAAGAAGUACAAUUUUCUCCUAAUUCCCACAAUUGAAUAAAGUUUUCUCACAAGGUAGAAGUUGAACUAAACCCAUAAUUAAGUAGAAAGGAAACUAAGCUAGGUCCAAAAUUGAGUCACAAGAUAAACCAUUGAUUAAGAUGAUUUAAAAAAAAAGAGAGAAGAAAACUAAAUCAAUAGUAUCAAAAAUAAAAAAGGUGAAUACACCACUAAUGAAGAUGAAAUUAAAGCAAUUACCCUAACUUAUCACAGCCUUCACAGAAAAUACUAAAUUUUACUUACAUUUCAAUUGCUUCCUGAUUUUAAAACCGGUUAUAUAGUCUCUCUCUGAAUGUCCUUUGGGAUUCACCUUCAAUCCUGGACUCCCACGGUGUAGAGAUUGAAAACAGGGCUUGUUUGGUAUCUUCAGGUUUGUUGUUUAAAAGCAAAUAGACAACAGAAGUAAAUAAAUUUCAACUUUUCGUAGUUUUGGAAAGAAAACUGAAAAUGGUUUAAAAUUUUUCUGUUCUGCCUUUUAAUUUAAAAAAAAAUCACAUUUCCAUCCUACAAUAAAUUUGUCAUUCUUUAAAAAAAAAAAAAUGAAUUUUAUCAAACAUUUAAAGAUCAACUAAUUGCAACGUUAAAUUAUUUAGGAUAAUAGGCAAAGAAGAAGUCCUACCAAAUUCCUUUUAUGAUACAAAUUUACACCAACAGAGAAAGAAAAUUAUAGACCAACUUCACUAAUAAAUAUUGAUGCAAAAUUCUUAAAAAAAAAAAAAAAUACUAGCUAGGAGGAGCUAGUUGGUGCAGUGGAUUGAGCACCAGCCCUGAAGUUAGGAGGAUCUGAGUUCAAAUGUGAUCUCAAUCACUUAACAUUUCCUGGCUGUGUGACACUGUGCAAGUCACUUAAGCCCAAUUGCCUCAAAAAAAAAAAAAAAAUUACUGGCUAGGAGACUACAAUAUAUCAUAAACAUUAUGCAUUGUGACCAAGUGAGAUUUAUACAGAAUGUACUUCAUAAGGAAAAUUAUUAACAUAACUCAUUAAUCAAAAUUGUGUGAUUAUAUCAAUAGAUACAAAGACUUGACAACAUACAACACUAAUUCAUAUUAAAUGUACUUUAAAGCAUAUGGAUAUUAUAGAUUUUUUUCUUUACAAUUAUAAUAAGCAGCAUUUACCAAAAUCCUAUUAGCAAGCAUUAUCUGAAAAGGGAAUAAUCAAAGUUAGAAGCCUUCCCAGUAAGAUCAAGAGUGAAAUAAGGAUGUCCCAUUAGCACCACUAUCAUUCAAUAUUAUACUAGAAAUGCUAGUAAUAGCAAUAAGAGAAGAAAAAGAAACUAAAUGAAUCAGAGGGUGCAAAGAAAUAAAACUCACUCUCUUUCAGACAAUAUGAUAAAAUAUACUUGAAAAAUCCCAGAGACUCAAUUUUUUAAAUGGUUUGAAACAAUAAUUUUAGCAAAGUAGCAAGAUUUAUAAAGUAAACCCACACAAAUUAUCAGCAUUUCUAUAUAUCAGCAAUAUAAAACAGAUUGUAAGAGAAAUUUCAUUUAAAAUGAACAUAGACAAUAUAAAAUACCUAAGACUAUUUUAAACAAACCAAAAACCUAGAAACUAUGUGAAUUAAAAAACUUUCUAUUCAAAUAAAGUCAGUUUUAAACAAUUGGAGAAAUGUCAAUUGUUCAUUGGGUAGGCUGAGCCAAUAUAAUAAAAAUGAUACUUCUACCUAAACUAAUCUUCUUACUCAGUACCAUACUAAUCAAACUGCCAAAAAAAAAUCAAGCUAGGGAAAAAAUGAUAAAAUUCAUUUGGAAGAACAAAAGGUCAAGAAUUAGCAAAGGAAAUAAUGAAAAAAAAAAAAGUAAAGGAAGGAUCUCUGGAAGUACCAGAUGUUAAACUGUAUUAUAGGUAAUAAUCAUCAAAUCUGGUACAGGCUAAGAAAUAGAAUGGUAAAUAAAUGGAAUUUAUUUAUUUAUAAUAUAAUAUAUUGUAGUGCCACAAUAUAUAGUGGCAAAUGAUCAUAAUAACCUCAUUUCAUAAACAUCAAAAUCUAAGCUUUUGGAGGGAAAAUGGAUCUAUUUGUACAAAAACCUAUACCAUGUGGUUUUUUUGGUGAUGACUUAAGAAUUGAAAAUUGAGGGGGAGAAUGCCCAUCAGUUGGUGAUGAAUGACAAAGUUGUAUUAUAUGAUUGAAAUGGACUACUAUUGUGCUAUAAAAAAUGGUAAGCAGGAUCCUUUCAGAAAAAUGAACUGAUGCAGAAUGAAAUGAACAGAACCCAGGAGAACAAUGUGCAAAAGGUAACUGCAAUAUUGUAGUUAUUCUCAGCAAUACAAUGAUCCAAGACAAAGAUUUAUGAUGAAAAAUACUGUCUACCUCCAGAGGAAGAAUUAUUGGUAUGUGAAUACAGGCUGAGGUGUACUAUUUUUCACUUUUUUUUUUUUUUUAGUUCGGGUAUUCUUCCUCAAAAUGACUAAUACAGAAAUAUGUUUUAUAUGAGUGCAUGUAUAUAAUCUAUAUCAAACUAGAUUGCUCACCAUCUCAGGGAAGAAGGGAAGGAAGGAAAUAAGAAUUUGGAACUUUUCAAAAAUGUUUUUAUGUGUAAUUGGGGAAAAUAUUUUAAAUUUUAUUUUAAGUUUUUGGGAUAAGUAUUUGGCAAGAAUUGGUGGGGAAAGUAGAAAGCAAUUCUGACAGAAAUUGGGUAUAGACCAAUAUCUUACAUUAUAUAUCAAAAUAUGAUCAAAAAUAGAUACAUGACCUAAACAUAAAUGGAGAUAUUAUAAGUAUCAUGAGACAUAUUACCUAUCAGAUUUAUGGAUAGGAGAAGAAUUUGUGAAUAAACAAGAGAUAGCAAGCUUUGUGGGAUAUAAAAUGGACAAUUUCAAUUACAUUAAGUUAAAAAGCAUCUGUACAAAUAAAACCAAUGUAGCCAAGAUAGAAGAAAAGCAAAAAAACUACAGAGUGGAAGGGGAAUUUUAUAGAUGAUUUCUCAAAGACUUCAUAUCUUAACUAUAUAAAGAACUGAGUCAAACGUAUAAAAAUGAGUUACUUUAAUAAAUGGUCAAAAAGUUGAGGCCAGUUUCUAGAGAAAGUGAGUAAAGCUUACAAUAGCCAUAUGUAAAACACUAUAAACCAUCUUUGACUAGAGAAAAGUAAAUUAAAGCAACUUGAGCUACCAUCUUAUACCUGUCAGAUUGGUUACAAAUAGUGGUGGGAGAAAGUGACAAAUAUUGGAGGGGAUAUGGAAAAACUGGAACUCUAAUGCUCUGUUGGUGGAAUUAUGAACUAAUGAACAUUUUGGAGAGAAAUCUGGAGUUAUGCUCAAAGAGUUCUAUUUAUAUAUAUCACUUGACCCAGCAAUAUUACUAUUAGGCCUGUUUCCCAAAGCAAUCAGGGAAAAAGGAAAAAAAUCUAAUGUUCUAAAAUAUUUUUGAGGAGCUAUCUUUGUGGUGGCAAAGAACUGAAAAUUACGAGUGUAUCAAUUAGUUGGGGAAUGGCUGAAUAUGUUACAGUAUAUGAUUAUGAUGGAAUACUAAUAUGCUUUAAGAAACAAAAAACAGGUUGAGGAAACAAGCAGAACCAAGAGAACACUGUCUACAGUAAUAGCAAUAUUGUUUGAAGAGUAAUUGUGAAUAACUAAGCUAUUCUGAGUAUUAUGAAUAUUCAAAUCAACUACAAAGGAUUUAAUGGAGUAAAGUGCUCUCCACUGCUAGAGAAAGAACCAAUAUAUGGAAGUUAGUAUUGUAUGAUUCCACAUCUCCCAUAACAAAUAUUGAUCUCCUCUAAUAGGGUGUUGGGAGAGAGAUAAUUUAAAACUUCAAAAUUUAACUAAAAAAUAAAUAAAAUAAAUUUCUUAAAAAUAAAAGUUGUUUUUGAUUAACAAAUUAAGAACUUCAUGAAAUACAACUAUGUUGCAUAUAAAUCAAUGAAGUAUUUUCUAUCUGCAACUUGUACUAACUCUCAGUCAUCAUUGCAUCACCCCAAAUAUAUUAUUGUUCAAGAAACAAAGUGUCACUCCAGAACUAUUUUGAAAAAAAAAUGCCCCAAUAACUUGGGAAUGAUUCAUUUUUGUCACAAAGUUAUAUUUAAAAGCUACAAAAAGAAAAUAAAAUGCCUGCUCUUGAGGCAUUUUCUAUUUGGUACAUAAAUUAUACAAGACAAUAGAGAAAAUUCCCUCAGGAGGCAACAGUUCUUCAGGUAAGGCAUUUUCACACUGGUAAAACUUUUAUGUCCAUUUUUAAUGUAUCAGAAAUAUGGAGUGUUUAAAACCUUUCCAUUUUCUUCUGCUUUAAUGAAGGAGGAAGUUAAUACUGAUGAGGAGGCUGCUGCUGCUGCCAUCAAAAUCCAGGCAGCAUUUCGGGGACAUAAGGCAAGA